AGGCUGACUUUGAGUCAGUGACGCUGAGCUGCACAACAACAAGCCUCUCCAACAUCUUGCCUUCCACAGCGCUGAAUUUGUGUGCGUGUCCGACUCUCGUUUUUCUUCGCGCACUGCGAGAGAAGCUCCGCGUCCUCCGAGCAACGAAACCCGUCAUGAACUCUACAAGCAGGCACUGAGAAGAGCCAGAGAUGCUGAUGCUUGGGAUGCUCCAUCACCUCCUACUGACUGGGACGUGUCUCUGUGUCUACGGAGCCCCGUUCAAUCUCCCACACUUCAGCCCUACGCAGACCGGCUCCUGUGAAGGACUGUGUGCCAGCUCGGUAACAACCACCGGGUCAACACAUGCUACAGAUUUAAAACCUACACCAUCAGAAUCCAGACAUGAGAGUGACCUGACAGUGAAUGUAGGUGGAGGAGGAGGGACUGGCCCACAUGAACAACCCAGGGGGACAGAUGCAGUGACGCAGACAGAAAAUGGGGACAGUCUUGAUGGAAGAUCUAGGCUGAGUGAGGCUGGUGGAGAGGCAUGGAGCCAAAGCGCCGAGAUAGAGAAGAUUGGGAUCACAUCUGAGAUGAGAGACUCUGAAAAACAGUCAGAGUCUGUGGAUUCAGAGAGCAAAAAGGAGGAUGCACCAGUUCACAGUGAGCAUUUAAUUCCAACAGGUGGGACAGAGCAGUCGGACAUGGACACCAGUACCCAAAAAAGGACUCCAAGUAGAUUACUGACCUCCACUUCAGCACCAUCACACCUGCAGACUUCGUACAGCCAAAAGAGUAACCCCGCUGGAGCAUAUGGGACAAAAAGCUUUGAUUCUCACUGGGAUAAAGACACAGAAAGAAGUUUGCCAGAACCUCCAAAUCCCUCUGUUUCCCUCUGGACCCAGACCUCCCACAGUCCCACCCCUCAUGUUUUUACCCAUCAGACCUCCUCACCUUUGGCAAUUUGGGGCCAUGACAGCACAACUAUGUCCUCACUACCAGACCCCUUUUUACCUGAAAUCGGACCAAGCCUGAUACCCAGAGAGGAUGGCCCAGAAAGUCUGUGGACUGAAGCAGCAAGACCUGGUGGAGCGGAAACUGCGCUCCCAAUGCCCCAGGAUGAAUCCACAGAGGCCACAAUGUCAUCGGAGGCUCUCCCUCUCAUCUUUGAGCCUUUUGAAGACAUCACAUCUGAGAGCGCGACGGCGACAGCAGCAGCAGCGGUCACCCAUGUGUCAGGCAGCAGCCGGCCCAGAGGCCUUCCUCGGUCAGAGGCGGGUCUGGACCAGCUGGUCACCAUAGAGAGUGACAGAAACGGUCCAUCACAUGCCUCACCCGUCCUUAUUCCAGACUGGACGUCACCUUGGCAGACAUCUGGCAGCGAGCUCCUAGAGCCAUUCAGUUCCUCUGGUCCAUCUGCUUCUCAGCAGCAAGUCAGAACUGAACCGGACGACCAUUCGGAGAAAGCAAACGUGGUCUCUGCGGGGACACUAAACCUGGAAGACAACGUGUCCUCGGCCGGCCCCUCCCUCUCAUCUUUCCAGCAAGCAAUGACAAUGGUAACCAUGACAACCCAUCAGCCAGCACACAAAUCCACAUCAGAGGAGAUGGACUCUGAGGAGGACCUGGAAGAUGACUUUGAGAACUCUGAGGAAUCGGUGGAAGAAGACAGUGAAGAAGACCAAACAGAAACGUCUAAAACAUCCUCGACGCAGCCUCCAUACAGUCUCAUCCCGCCACCUCCCGUCUGGGUUCAACGCAACCAGGGGCUGAUGCGUAGCUGGGUGGAGCUAAUCAGAGAAAAGGCGGGUUACGUGUCCGGGAUGUUGGCCCCUGUGGGUAUCGGUAUCACAGGGGCCCUGCUAAUUGUUGGCGCCCUCUACAGCAUCAGGAUGAUUCACCGCAAGAGGAGGAACAGCUUUAAACACCAGAGGAGGAAGGUCAGACAGCAGGAGCAACCCCGAGAACCCGGCACCAGCCGUCAGGACCAAGCCAUGCUGCUGGCCGACAGCUCUGAGGAUGAAUUCUAAUGAGAAGCUUUUGGGCCUCUUUUGUUGGUGACCAGUCGCCAUUGCUCCUAAACUGGAUGUUUGGCAAACACCCCCAUCGCUACUGCAUCUCCACUUACCCUGGGGCUGUUUGGGUAUGACUCCUCUGAUCCACUGAAAGGGACUGAGCAUAGGGCAGUAUUUGCAUAGGUGGUGCACAGGUCAACCAGGCACCCACCUCCCUUUCUGAAAUUAUCUGAGCACUUGUCUAAAUGUUGUCAGAUGCUGCUGAGUCUAAGAGUGUGGUAGGAUUGGUGUUUUCCACCUUUUUUGACAACAAAAAUAACUAACUAAAUAAAAAUAAUAAUGCAUUGAGGGAGCGGUAUUCGUAGGAUGGAAGUGUUGCUGGUAAAUUAAAAGGGGAGACGUGAAAGCCAGCAUGUUUUCCGUUAAGUUAAUACAUUGAAUGAAAAGUGACGUGACACAAAUAAUGUAAAUACAUUACAUGUAGUACAUGUAGCUGACUGGGGGUCAGUUGUGUUAGUGUAAAUAAAGUCUUAGCCUAGACUUCAAUAAUUUUGGGAAAAAUGCUAAUUUACAGGAAGCUGGAUUAGAUCACUGGAAGCAUAUCUGUCUGUAAACUGAAACUAACAGCUAGCCUAGCUUGGUCCAACAAUAACAAACAUGUUGGCUAACAUUUCCAAAACUCACUACGAAAUCAAUCUUUAAAAAAAAAAAAUAGAAGAAAUUUAAAGUAUUAGUGACCUCUUAAUUAUAUUCUAACCAUCAGACAGAGUCAGGCAAGCUUCAGGCAAAGCUAAGCUAAAAGCUACUGAGCUAAAAAAGCUACGGGACUGUGCAAAAGUCUUGAAACACCGUGCACUUCUUACUAUUUUGCAAUGAAAUUGGGAAACAGGUAGUGUUUUAUUUAAAGUUGCAAACAGCUUGAACUCUCUUAAGCAGCUUUCUUGUUAUUUCUUUUAAGUUUUCAGGAACAGUUCUCCAGGCUUUUUGAAGGACAUUCAACGCUCUUCUUUGGAUGUUGGCUGCCUUUUGUUCUGUUCAAUAAUGCUGCUUCAGUGUUGACGUCCAGGCUGUGAGAAGCCCAAUCCACAACCGAUAGUAUUACUCUGUCAGGUAUGCUUUUACUGCAUUGCUAAAAAAAAAUUAAGCUGUUCCUCUGACAGUACUUUGGCAUUCCAAUUUUGACAAGAUCGUCAAAACUACUGCCUGAAACGCCUCCUCAAACCAUGACAGAGCCUCCAACGUGGUUAAGUGAUGGUUGGACACUCAUUUUUGUAUCUUUCUUCUGACCUCUGUGGUGUUUAUUGAUGAUUAACCAGAAUCUAAAGAUUUUGAUUCAUCACUUCAUAAGACCUCUUGCCAAUGAUUUUCAGUCCAGUUCUUGCAUACCUCGGUCUUUUCUCCCUUUUUCCCUUCCUUAAGAAUAGCUUCUUGAUAGCAACAGAGAGCACUGAGAUCAUUUUUGACGAGGCUUCAGUGAACAGUAGAUGGACCAACUGUAGGGCCGGUCUUUGCUGGAUUUUUCCUAUUUCUUACGGACAGGACUUUCAAAUACUGUUCAUCUGCUGUAGUUUUACGUCUGCCACUUCUUUUCUCCCAGACUUAUCCAGCUUCCUCAAAUAUUUUAAGGCCACACUGAACACCACACCAAGACAUGCCAGUCAUUUUUGCUAAUAGCUCUUUAGGAAUCACCUUGUUGAUGUAAAAAUACUGUUUCAUAUCUGUCAAACUUAUCUUUGGGAUUCUUCUGAGAAACUAAAGAAAUGGAAACAAAUCAAGUGCCAGGCUGCUAUUAACAAACUGCCUAAAGGUACAAUUUAAAUUGGUUCUUCGCCAAGUUGUCUAUUACACUGGUUCAUCUCUUGAGUUAGGUGCCUUUUUUAUUCUUGAAUGAUUCAUAAGUCAGUAUUACAAAAUGAACAUUCCUCUGAAAAUGGUCAGGUACAAGGACUGGACUGAAAUUGAGUGAAAAAGCAGCCAAUUUCAUGCCAAAGAAAAGCCUGGAGAACUUGUGAAGUUCUACUUCUAAAAAAAAUAAAGUCUGGCUGGCUGCUUGGAAAUAAAUACAAAGAAAUGAAGCGUGGCUUAAGAGCUUUGCACAGUACUAGAAAUCUCUACCAUCUAUAUUAUCUUCACACACACUUGACAGAGUAGUAUUAAACUCUUUUCCAACUCUUCUUCAGGAAGUAAAUAAGCAUUUUCUCCCAAAAUGUCAAACUAUUCCUCAUAGAACCUGUCACAUACGCUUGGUUUAAAGUGUGAAAUUUGUGCAAAUGCAAACGUUUUAUUGAAAGCCAUCUGUUCAUAUUAGUUACUGUGAGAAACAUGUGCAAAAAAACCACCAUCCUAUAAAAGUAUGUAGCAUAAUGCGGUAUGAACUCACUGCCACUUACAACUCCAUUUUUGUCCCCAAGUGCAUGACUGCGCCUCAGUCGAUUCAUACGCUGACUUGCUGCAGAGAUUUCCCAUAAAUUAAGUGUUCCUAUUGGCUGGAAGAGCACAAACACAAGACAAGGAAGCAGAUUCAUAUUUUUCGUGUGUGCUGAUCUGCUGCUGACAACGUGAAGGGUUUUGUUAGACGCUCUCAAACCAGAAUUUCACCUUGCUUGGAUAAAAUGAGCAGAAGUCAGGUUAAGUUUAAAAUCUCGUUUUUGAAAGAUAAGUUCAAGAAACUUCUCUGCUGCAGUCCAGACAGAAAAGAGGCACAAAGUAGUUCUAGGUAUUUGAUGCACAUUUGUUAUACCAAUGUUAAUAAAGUGUCUUUUGUUUAAGAAAAAAAAAACAUUUUCUGUAACUUCAUCAACCAUCUGACAUGCUUAAUGAACAAAUGCCUGUUUAUACGAUAUAAUACUCUUUUAGGGUAUGUGUGAUGUAAAAUGGUAGACCCUUUUUCCCCCUCUUGAUGUGGAUGUGAUCAAAUAAACAGCUCUUUUUGAUGUCUGAUUGUGACUUCUUUUUUUGACACACAGAUACAGCCGCUUCAGACAGCAGACAAGACAACCCAGUUUUACAGCAUUAAAAAAAAAAAGAAAAAAAAAA